AUGACAUACGCCCUGUACAUCGGCAAUAAGCGCUACUCGACCUGGUCCAUGCGGCCAUGGGUCUUGCUCAAGGCGCUCGACAUCCCCUUCACCGAGAAGCUGCACAUGUUCAAGCCAGGCCUCCGCCAGCCCGAGUUCCUCCAGUUCUCGCCCACGGGCAAGGUGCCCUGCCUCCACCACGACGACACGUCCAUUGUCGUCUGGGACUCGCUGGCCAUCUGCGAGUACGUCGCCGAGAGCCAUCCCGCCGCCUGGCCCGCCGACGCGGCGGCGCGCGCCUUUGCCCGGUCUGCUGCGGCCGAGAUGCACUCCUCCUUUGACGCCAUCCGUGACGAGUGCUCGAUGAACGUGGCCCUGCGCAUCGAGCUUGGGACACCUGGUGAGGCUCUGCAGGGGGACCUGGACCGCUUGACCGCGCUCUUCAAGGAAGGGCUGAAAAGGUUCAAGGGGCCGUUCUUGGCGGGGGAGACGUUUACCGUGGCCGACGCCAUGUAUGCGCCCAUUGCGUCCCGGUGCAAGACGUUUGGCAUCGAGCUGGAUGGUGCGGCGGGCGAGUACAUGCAGCGCUUGUUUGAUCACCCGGCCGUGCAGGCGUGGGUGCAGGAGGGUGUUGCUGAGAAUGAGAUUGAGCCAUACCACGAGGAGGACUGCAGGCGAGGGCGCAAGGUUCUUGAAGAUUUCACAAAGCAAUAG